AUGCAUAGCCCCGAAAAGAAAAACUCAUGCUACACAACAGUAUCUAAUAAUGUUCGUUGGAUUAGCCCGAAGCCACGCAAUUUGUGUGUUUACACUAUCUAUAAUACAAUUUUCCUCCUUAUCUUCGAAACUCCCCCAAGAAACGACUACGUGACUGCUAACGACUCUGCGUACACGUUGAAGAAACUGCUGCGGGAAAUCAUUGGCGGUACUGAGGAACAUGAGACCCAACUAAAGAUCCGUGAUCAAACACGCGAUCACACAUGCGACAAAAAUUCUACUGUAGCGAUUCAGGUAAAUCCCGAUUAA